AUGACGAGCACAUACGACCAUAGGCACCUAAGCGGCACUCUAGGGUAUUCUCCGAACACAAAUCUUUUAUUCGGACGUAUUGGGGAUACUACCAAGACAAUCCUGAACAAGGCUUUCAUAUUUUUCUGUAGUGGUGUGUUGAACGAGUGUGAGCAAGAGAGCAAAGUGCGAGGGAACACUACAGGAAUGCCGGUGUCCACGUCGAUGAACAGUGAAACUUGA